AUGGCGGCGGUGGCGGCUAACAAGAAACCGACAGGCGCAGACGGCAUCGAGGCCUUACCGGAGGAACUCCUCUUCGAGGUCUUCUCCCGCGUGGGCAGCAUCAGAGACCUCUUCAUGUUCGCCGUGACAUGCCGGCGGUGGCUGCACCGCUUCACCGACCCGGCCUUCCUCCGCGGGAUCUGUCCGGGCCCCGGCCAGGGGCACCGCUCGCGCCUCCUCGGCUUCUUCUCCCAGCCGACAAGAUUCGUGCGCUGUGAAAGGAUGAUGAAGAUGCGGACGACCCAGCGCACCUCCGUCUCCGCGCCCACGUUCCGGCCGGUGCCGGGGUCGCCGCUUGGCCGCACGGAUCGUGCCCUCACCUCCUUAGUCGCCGACGACGACGGCACAUUCAACUACGCCGAGCCCCUGGCGGCGCGCCGCGGCGUCGUCCUGAUGCGGCUCGUGCCCCGGACCUUCGUCCUCCACGGGAUUGCAGACACCAGGAGGCACCUCCUCUUCGGCCUCUGCAACCCUCUCACCGGCGAACGCCACGUUUUCCCGCCCACCUGCUUCGGUCACUACGUGGCGUGCGGCUACGCCAUCGUCACGGCCGCCGACGGCGACCUCGACGCGGAGCAGCGGUCGCCACCGCCGUCGUCAGGGCGCUCCACGUUCUCGCAGCUGCUCCUCAUGGUCUAUCUAAGUGGUAACUACUCCAAGCGGUACCUCCAGUCGUACUCCGCCGCCACGGGCACCUGGAGCGCACCCGCCAUGUGCCUGGACGGCCGCCGCUUCGAGCUGGCGGGCGAGAGCUCCGCCGCCGUUCACCGGGGCGCGGCGCACUGGCUGUGCAUCGAUCACGCGGCCAGAGCGCUCGAGCCAUGGGAUGAUCAUUACCUGUACAGGCUCAGCGCGGAGCUGGGCGGCACGGCGCGCGUCUCCCUGACAAGGCUCCCCAUCCGCGCCGGAGGCAAGCCGCACCUCUGCGUCGGCGGAGACGGCAAGCUCUCGGUCGCCUGCGUGUACCCCGUGCACGUGACCGUCUGGACCCAGCAAGACGGGGACGGGGACGACGGAGGCGAGGCGUGGCUCCGCACUCGGGUGAUCCGGAUGCCAGCGGCCGUGCCGGACCCGAACGGGCUCCAGCGCGACGAGGAGUGGUUCGAGUUGAGCAGGGGAUCGAUGCUCGUGCUGUACAGGGGCGGCGGCGCCUUCGUCGUCGACCUCGGCAAGGGGGUGAUGGAGAAGGUCAUGGACUGCUCCCCGCGCCAGUUCAUCGACAGGUUGUACCAUAGGUACGUGCCGUACGAGAUGGACUUGGUGGAGUUCUUCGUGUCCUGUCUCGGUCGGUGGUCGUGUACUCGAUUGCGUUCCUGA